CCCUGAACCAAACGCACAACAGCCAGACGGAGCAGAUAGUUGGAGCUUUACGAAUCGGACCUCACCUGUCUCUGGAGGAGAGGCAAAAGCAAAAAUGAUGCCCGAACCUUUAAAAUCGGCUCUUUCGAUAGGAACUGUGGAGGACACGUCGCUCGCGCUCCCGUCCGAUCAAUCCGCGAGAUCCGCGCAACAGAGAGUCCUGGACCAGGUGCACACUAUCAAGAGGAGCAAGUCCAAAUACAGCAGCAAGAGUGUGUCCGGCCUCCCCUCACCCACCAGUCCUGAAACUGACAGUGUGUUUUACGACUUCAAGUUUUCUCCCGGAGCCUCGUUCAGCAGAGGAGGAACCAUGACCAAUGGGAAUAUGCAAAGGCAAACCUUUGUGCGCAAGUCCACCAACUCCCGCAGCGCCAGCGCUCAACGGGUGACCAGUAACGCCAGCAGGGGGGAUCGGCCCUUGUUCUCCAAUUCUGGCACCCUCCCGGUCCAGGCACGGUCCAGUAACCAGCUGUACAGCUAUAAAGCCACUCGCAGCGCCCCGGACCUGGGCUUCCAGCCCGCAGUGAACGGUGGAGGAGUCGGAGCCACUCAACGCAGCCAAACCGCCAAACAGACCUUCCGGAUGGAGAAGGCCUUCAGUCAGCCUAACCAGGCUUUCGGGAACGGCACUUUCGGCAGAAUGACCAACAGCAAUCAGGUCGGCUCCUUCCAGGCCGUCAGCAGACGCCCGUCUUCCCUGCAGUCCAACGCGGAGUCCAGGACCUCUAUGAUCAGGAAUGGACAAGUCAAGGAUAUUUCUGGGAUGAAUGCGGAGAAGCUUAUGGCCGAUUUGACGAUGCAAGAGGCGGUUGACUUUCUGUUCAGUCCGGAUGAGAACUACCAGCAGUGUGGAGCGGCUUACAUCCAGCACAGCACCUUCACCGACGACAAGGCCAAGCAAGAGGUGCUGACCCUGAAGGGCAUUCCUCCGCUGGUCAACCUGUUGAGCAGCCCCAGUCCUCAGAUCCAGGAGACGGUGGCCGCUGCCCUGAGAAACGCCGUCUUCAAAAACCAGGCCAAUAAAGAAGAAGUGCAGCGCUGUGGAGGAAUCCCUCAGGCUGUGCAGAUGAUCAGCGAUACCAACUCUGAGACACAGAAACACCUGACAGGUCUCCUGUGGAAUCUCUCCUCCGCUGAUAACCUGAAGCCCGAUCUGCUCCGUACGGCUCUGCCCGCGCUCACGGAGAAGGUCAUCGUGCCGUUUACAGCCAGCUUAGACGACAAUGCCAACACAAGCCUGGCUCCAGAGGCCUUCUACAACGCCACGGGAUGCCUACGGUAA